UCACAGAGUAAUAUGGAUUUUUUUUUUUUAUUGCUUGCUCAUUCUGCAGAAACGUAAAAGGAAAUGUUUAUUCAACGAAGGUGAACUGGAUGCUUUGGAAUAUCAUUCAAAGGUCAGGAAGCUGAUUUGGGAAGGCACUUUGCAUUUAGUCCAAGAAGGACUCAAAAGUGGUUUUCUUCACCAAAGGACUGCAGAACUCAGUUGCAGGAAGAAUAAUGUUCCUGUUGUCUGUGGGUUGGCUGAAUUAUGUGAAAUGGCAAAGCAGUUUCCAGCUGUGAAUGAAGGUGACCAUCGGGCUGUAUACGUGCUAGAGGAUGAAACCUCCAGUCCAGAGCAGGACCUGCUUUCGUGUAUUGCAGAAAACACCUCAAACCAUGCAAAGAUAAUUGUGUUAAUGGGGCAGAAGUACUUGGUGCCACCAAAAAGCAGCUUCCUUUUAUCUGAUAUUUCGUGUUUACAGCCCCUGCUGAACUACAAGAAAAAAUAUGAUGUAAUUGUGAUUGAUCCACCAUGGGAGAACAAGUCUGUUAAAAGGAGCAACAGGUACAACCACUUGUCUUCAUGGCAAAUCAAGCAGAUUCCUGUACCAACACUAGCUGCUCCAAAUUGUCUUGUAGUCACAUGGGUGACUAAUAGACAGAAGCACUUACAUUUUGUUAAGGAUGAACUCUAUCCUCACUGGUCGGUGAAGACACUUGCUGAGUGGCACUGGGUAAAAAUUACUAGGGCUGGAGAAUUUGUAUUGCCUUUGGAUUCUUUGCACAAAAAGCCCUAUGAAGUCCUUGUAUUGGGGAGAAUUCAAGGAGAUGUAAAGGAAGCCUUAAGGAAAUCUGAAGGUGUACUUCCAAUUCCAGAACAUAAAUUAAUUGUCAGCACACCCUGCACUCUGCAUUCACAUAAACCUCCUCUUACUGCAGUUCUGGCAGAGUUUAUCAAGCCAGAUGUGGAAUGCUUGGAGCUGUUUGCUCGCAACCUCCAGCCUGGCUGGACCAGCUGGGGAAACGAGGUCCUGAAGUUUCAGCACAUUGAUUAUUUCACUCUUUUGCAGAAGGAAAACUGAUCUGGGCCUUAUACAUCUAUAUCUUCUGAAAUUCUGUGCUUUCCCAGGGUGUCUUGAACUUAUCUUUAUUACUGAUGGUUCACUUAAAGGUGACAGAACUAAACCAAUUGCAUUUCAGUUAAAAUUCUUGAAGUGACAGGAUAUCUGUUUAAUGGUAUCUCCAUUUGUACAUGGUGGUCCUUAUUUUGAUGACCUGAAAAUAUUUAAAUACUGAUGUUGGAAUGCAAGUUCAUCCCCAUUUUUAUUUUUUUUUUUUCAAACCUCAAGGAAAAGAUAUUUUAAAGUAUUCUCACUGCAGCUAUUAAAUCUGAGCUAAUAACACGUCACAAGUGCUAUAAUGUAGCACUUGUAUUAUUUUUAAAGAAUGACAAUGACUCCUUAAAGAGUGUCAGUGGGAGUAAACAGUUCUGAAUUAUGCAUGUUUUCUUAAAGAAGAUUGUUUUUUUGCAAAACAAUGGAUUUUGAACUAAAAUAGUUAUGAAGGCAGUGUAUCCUCUCGCAUUUGUAUCUGUCUGUCUAUCUCAGAGGAAAUAAAAGGAGCAGUGCUUGUGUUAAUUGGCACAUGAAUUUUUGGCUGACCACAUUCUAUGUAAAAUUAUACUUUUACAAAUGCUGGCAAUUAUAUCUUUUUGUAUAUGGUGUUAAUUUUUGAACACAUUGUAAAUGAUCUGUCUCAACGUCUUAUGAAUUCUGACCUUUUAACAGAUUAUAUGUAUUUUUAAAAUUAUCCUUCUUUAUGUUCUUGGAACAUUAAAAAGCUAUGCCAGUGAGCUGUAUUUUUCAGCUAACAUAAAGAUGACCCUUCUUUUUUUGUUGUUGUUAAAAGAAUGGUACACUUUGUGUCUCCUUUGCUGUGUUUAGAUUUGUUUAGAAAAAUAAAAAAGAAAAUGUAAUGAA